AUGGCCGACUCCACAAGAAACUCACCAAUGAACAACAGCGAAUGGUCCGUAUCAUUAAGCCCAACACCUCUUCUUAAGACAAAAAGUUGUGACAAACUGAAAUUCAAGGAUAAACAAAUGGUCUCUAUGAAUACACAAGCGGAUGUCCAAGCUAUAUUUAUUGCCCUUCUUUCGCAACACUGCACGUUAUCUCUGGGAAGACCACAUAGACAAUCGUACAAAACUAAACAAUUUAUGAAGAUCAAAGACAUACAAUUCAACAGAUUUGACACGAUAAAUGUUCUGCAAAUCAUCCAAGUCCGGUCAAAGGAACAAGAACACCUCAUCUCAGAAAAGGAAAACACAACACAAAAAACAGCUAAAAGAAGAACUCAGCUAAUGAAGAGGAGAGAGUGUGUAAGACUCUUGCAAGAUUUGUUGGUCGAGUUUGGGUUCAUUGUUUGCUUUGAAAAAGAAACGGUCGACGGAUUUGAAGGACAAAUUGAUAUAUACCAAAACGGCAUCAAAAUUCUUGACACAAAACAAAUAAGAGAGUCGGGAAAUGCUAUCAAUAAACACUUGGCAAAUCUUUUGGCUUCUUCCAAGUCUGUGAUAGUUAAUAAGGACACUUUUGCCUUCGAUAACCUUAUCGUCUAA